AUGUCGGUUAGUUUUGCUCUAAAGUUGCACAUGAGCAUAAAUUUACCAUACAAAGUGCGCCCGAGGGAAGCUCUAAGGAAGCCAGUACCUUCAAUAUUAGGCAAUGAAGGGAUUGCUGGUUAUCCACAUGCCAAUGCUGUCAAAUAUGAUGAGCAAGAGGUAGAUGAGUCAAAUUUCGAUUAUGACGGUGCUUGGGAAGUUUUGGCAGUGUCAUCGAUAGUUUUGCAAGUUUCUACAAAACCUACUAGAAGUCCAUCUGAUGAUGUGGAAGUAAUUGAUGCAAAAAAUGCGGAAAUUGCUGCUAGAUUUCGGCUUUUGGAAGAAGACAUCAUUGGAUCAGGAAAUGAUAAUGACUUCCUGACAGAAGGACAUAAUCCUGGUAAAAGAUCUAUUGGGAUGGAUGAGAGAUGUUUGAAUUUGGGAGGUGAUAGUUGUUCCACUGGAGAUUUACCAGGAUCAGGUAUCGAUGACGAUUACCUGAAUGGUGGAUCAAAUCCUGGAAAAAGAUCUUGGAAUUUUAGACCAACUUUUCACAGAAAUAACCCAUACCAAUAUCUUAUGGGUUCUGGUUUGGACUUUAAUUAUCUAACACAAGGCCCAAAUCCAGGAAAACGAACGUCCAGGAGAUGUCUUAAUAUUGGAGACGACAAUUGUUCCAAUGGAUCUUUACCAGGAUCAGGAUUAGAUGACGACUACCUAAAUCAAGGCAACAAUCCAGGAAAACGUUGUCUAAAUUUAGGAGGAGAUGCCUGUGCCAACGGAGAACUAGUUGGAUCAGGAUACGACGAUGAUUAUUUAAAUCAAGGAGGAUUCAAUCCUGGAAAGUGA